AUGUUGGCACGGAUGAUGCAGGUACUUCAAACCCAGAAGCUCCUUCUGCGGCGCGCUACAGUGUGUCCGUGUACAUCCCCACACCGUACUUAUGCAUUCAACGCCAACGCUACUGGCCGUCAACUGAUGCCAUUAAGGUAUUUUUCGACGUCUAAAUCGCAUGACAAGCAGUCACUCGUGACAAGCAGUGCAUACUUUCGCUCAAUAUCUCGUGACAUUGAAGCACUUGAGAAUCUUUUCCAGCUGAUGGCAAGCGACACUAACGUUGCAAACAAUUUUGAGCAGUGUGUGACGAGUCUAUUGAAGUGUCAUGAAAAGGAAAAGCGAGUGUUUGUCACGGGAAUAGGGAAGUCGGGUGUAGUCGCAAAACGUCUGGCGUCCACGCUGUCUUCCAUCUCUAUCAGGAGCCAGUGUAUUUAUGGAGGAGAGUGGGUUCAUGGUGAACUUGGAGGUUUGAAGCACGGUGACGUUAUUAUUAUCAUAUCACAUAGCGGCCGGACGGCAGAACUGCUUCCAUUGCCUGACAUGUUUCGGAAAGCUGGAUGCUCCGUGAUGGCUGUUGUUGGAGAUGGUUGCUCACCGCUGAGCCGGUGCUGUGACUUGUUCAUGAUUGCGCCAGCAGAAGAUGAGGCUGGCUGCCCCGUUCCAUCAAGAAGUAUCAUUGUUCAGGAGGCUAUUUGCAACGCAAUUGUCCAGCAGUUGAUUGCGAAUAUGGUCGACGGCGCCAGACACUUGAAAUCAAGUCAUCCAGGUGGUGCUAUUGGUGCUAGAUUUGCGACUUGA